AUGGACGCAUUCCUGGUCACUGAGCCUCAGUAUAUCAAGAGAGUGCUCAUGACGGACGCCACAACUUACGAGAAAGGUCCCGAAUUUCGAUCCCAGUUCCUGGACCUGCUCGGCAACGGGGUGCUCACCUCGGAGGGGGACUUGUGGAAAUUCCAUCGAGGCAUGACCCGGCCGUUCCUCAACAAACACCGGUACUCGGAUCUCCAACUGUUCUAUGAUCACACCGAGACAUUGAUAAACCGCCUCAAGGAUCGGAUGCGGGAGGGCUUCCCCGCUGAUUGGCAGGAUCUUGCGCAUCGGUACACCCUUGAUACAGCCACGACAUUUCUCUUCGGCCAUGACUUCCGCUCACUCGCCGCUGACCUUCCGUGCCCACCGCUCCAUCCCUCUCGCGAGCUAAGCUCAGACGGGAAGCGGGUCCACCACUUCUUCCAUGCAUUCCAGCAGGCGCAGGUGCAGACGGCUCGGCGGCUGCGGUACGGGCGCUUCUGGCCUUUGUUCGAGUUCUGGAGGAAUAGGGUACGGGAGCACGUAAAUGUCAUAGAGUCCUUUCUAGAGCCCGUCAUCGAGAGUGUUGUGCUGAGGGAGAAGCACCAUCCACGAUCCGCGGAAUGCCAGGAUGAGGAGACGCUGCUCGAAUAUCUGACGCGCCUGACUGACGACCAGAGGCUGAUCAAAGAUCAAACAAUGAACCUCCUCAUAGGGGCGCGCGAUACAACGGCAUCGACAUUGACCUCGGCGGUGUACGUCCUGACGCAGCGCCCGGAUGUGUGCCAGCGCCUACGGCGGGAGGUCGUGGACAUGGUCGGACACCGUGUGCCCAGUUACGACGAUCUGCACAAGAUGAAGUACCUGCGCGCGUUCAUAAACGAGGUCCUCCGUCUGUACCCUCCGGUGCCUAUAACCAUUCGCGCCAGCACACGCCCGACAGUCUGGCCCGCCGCGGGCCCGACCGAGAAGCCCGUAUAUAUUCCUGCUCACACACGGAUCUACGUGGCGCUCUUGAUCAUGCAUCGCCGCAAGGAUCUUUGGGGUCCUGAUGCCGACGAGUUUGACCCAGACCGGUGGCUGGACGAGAGGCUGCACAAGUAUUUUAUACCAAAUCCGUCGAUAUUUCUUCCGUUUCAUGCGGGGCCGAGGAUAUGUCUCGGGCAGCAGUUUGCAUAUAACUCCUUGUCUUUUGUACUUGUUCGUCUGUUGCAAAGUUUUUCGCAGUUUGAAUUAGUGUUGUACGAUGAUGAUGCCUCCGAGUCAAGUUCAAGGAGUGGAGUGGAGUUUCAGACACAUCUUACAAUGUUUGUUAAGGGUGCGCUGUGGAUCAAAAUGCAGGAGCCGGUAGAGGAUCCAAUAUGA